AUGUCAUCAUCGCCUACCAACCAAAAGCCCGAGUCUGAACACAUUUCAGACUAUUCAUCGGACCAAGACCUGCUUUUGGUAGAUGAUAUCUUCAAUGAGAAACCAAUAUUGACCCUUCCUGUGAUCAAAAAUUAUUUUGCUACAAGACUUACAACUUUGUUUGACUUACCAAUUUACUACCUGGACAAGAAAUGGUAUGAGCUUAUAAACCCUAUUCCGGGUUUGAGAGAAAUGACAUGGAGAGAUUGGAACUACUAUGGAUUGGGAUGGUUCGGUUGGGUUUUGGAUGCCAUGGAUUUCUUCUGUGUAUCCGUUGCUUUUGAAUCAUCGAGGGGCACUACCACAUUAUUUUCCAACCAUCAAAUACUCCACAUUUUCACAACCAGAAAAUAG